UUCAAAUUUUCAAAACGAAUUUGGACUUCGCAGUGGACGUGUCGAGAGCGUCGAAGAACGGAAAAACGGAAAACGGGAAGGAAAUCCACUUUCGGAACUCGGCUUUUCGGCCUUUCGGCGCGCGCGUGUGUGUGUUUUUUGUUGCUGCUGUACGUCGGUGUGUUUAUGUGCCUGUUCGAGCGAGGGAGAAAUUGUUAAAUAAACCGGUUCCUUUUUCUGCUUCUUUCUGCAAUUGCCUUCUCGUAAUUCGUAAUUCGUAAUACCCCAAAAUCGAAAUCGAGCAUCGAAUUGUUUUCGCCUGCGCUUUUUUAUUUUCUUUUCGGUUUGCUCCUGGUUUUUCGGUGCGAAAAUAACAACACAACAGCAAAACGAAAAGGCAUAAACCAUACAUAUAAAAGUUGCAGAAUUUUCAAUAUUUUUUUACUGUGUCCCCAAAACGAAUACAAAAAUUCCAUCAAAUCAGUGAGUGAGAAAUUCAAGGAGAUAAAGCUGAGAAUUAAAAGCCAGUGCCAAAAGUGAAGAGCCAAGAGUACGAGAAGUACAAAAAACAAAACAAAAGUUGCAUAUUUACCGAAAAAAUUUAACCAGCGAAAAAAAAAGGAAGAAAGCAUAACUUUGGCAACUUUGGCGCAUCUGUUGGAUGCAGGGCACACAGCGAGUCCAUCUUGGGACCAGGUGGAAAAACAAAGGCCGGAGUAAUUGAACGGCAACACAGCGGCGGGCAGAACAACAACAACUGGGGAGCGUAAAACAUAAACAGACAGUUUUAAAAUCUACCACAUUUCGAGGAAUUUGAUUUGUUCAAGGAGCUUGUGCAAGUGAAAAUCGUAUAAGGUUCCCAGAAGGUUCCGGAGCAAAAAGCGUAACUGGAAAAUUUCUUUAAAAAAUUUCGAUGAUGCCCGACUCCGUUUGCCGUUGAGAGAAUCCCCGGGAACUUUUCAGCCGAGCAAGGAGAAUCCUCCGGAGAGAGCGUUAAACCCCGAUCCAGCAAUCCAGAUCAGUGCGAUAUAUACACAAUGUAUCCGGCGAGUGGAAGUGGAGGCAGUGCAGCAACGGCUGCCAAAUUCCAGAAUCGCUGUGCAUCGCCGCAGUUUGCCAGCGAUUAUCCGCAUCCGCAUCCGCACCAGCAUCCGCAUCAGACGACCUCGGUGGCGGUGCACAGUGCACCGCCGGGUGUAAUGGGUGGUGCAGCUGGCAGUGGCUUGGGUGGUGCUGCAGGAGGAAUGGCCAGUGGCGGUGGUGGUGGCGGUGGCUCAAUGUCGAUGCGUCAUGGCCAACGGGUGGUUGCCUCGCACCAGCAUCCCAGCCAGAUGACCUUGAACCACAGCGGACACGGUGGGAUGGGUGGUCACAACCACGGAAUGGGCGUGGCCAUGGGAAUGGGCCACAAUCAUGCCACCUUGGGGCAUCCCCAUCCCCACUCGCAUUCGCAUCCGCACAACAACAACAGCAACAUGAGCAACAACAUGAGCAACAGCAACAACAGCAGCGGCAACAGCAGCAGCAGCGUGGGGCAGCAUCUGAUCUUCCCCGACGACAUGGACAGCAUCGAGUUCUGCAUGCCCGCCCCGCCCUCCUCCUCGUCCGCCUCCUCGCAGAACGGCCUUGGCCUGGCCAUCGGCUUGGGGGAGCAGCUGCUCAUGGGCGGCGGCAGCAGCCACGGAGAGGCGUUCACGGAGCGCCGGAGGCGUGGCCACAGCCGGCGCAGCAACCACAAAAUGGACGUCGAGCACCAGGUGAAGUGGUCUCGCAAGAACAUCGCGGCCACCAUGGAGCGCUUCGAGCCGACGACCAACACACAGUCCUCGUCGUCCACCUCCUCGCUGGACUACGGAUUCGCCGCCGGAGUGAUGACGCCCAGCGGCAGCAGUGCCACGCCCUCGCAUGGAGGCGGCGCCUCGAACCCCUCGCUGCAUGUGGCAUUCAACGGGGGAGGUGGCGGUGCUGCCGGCGGCGGUGGUGGCGGUGGUGCAGUGGGUGGCUCCGCCUCGGGAUCGGGAGCCAGUGGCUCGGGAGCAGCUGCUCCAUCGGCGCCAUUCAACCACGUUUACUCGUACGCCUACUACGAACCGGGAGCAGCCAAGUGCCACACGAAUGUGCCCGCCUCGGGCUCCGCAUCCGCCCAGGCGGUGCACCACCACCUGCAGCAGCAGCAGCAGCAUCAGCAGCACCACGCUCCGCAGCAGGGACACUCGAAGAGUCCGCCGAGAAACUCCAUACGCGCUCUGCUGGCGAAGAGCUUCCGCUCGAAGAGCAGCAGCAACCACGGCGGCCAGUCCACCUCGAGUUCGCCGAGCGCCGAGGAGCGGGACAGGCACACGUACACCACGCGGUACGGCACCACCGAGAACCUGUACGAGGAGGUCAGCGAGCAGAAGAUCCGCAAGGUGCUCUCCGACAACCGGAUCGCGAGUGGCUCCAGUGCGGGCAACGUGAAGGAGGAGCAGCGGCGCGUCCAGCACAACCACUUCCGGGUGCUCGACGAGCUGAACCUCUCGCUGGAGGCGCUCAUCAUGCCGCCCACUCCGCCGGACGUCAGUCCCAGUCACGUUUUGGGCGGCGCCGACGAGCCCGGCUCCUCGGUGGCCGCUGGUGCAGUGGGCGGCGGUGGUGGCUCCAUCAUGGCAUCCAAUGUGGUGGCUGCCACGGUCAGUGGCACGUCCUCGAAGACGAACACCCACAAGCCGCGGCGCGGUGGCCUUCUGGGCGGUGCCGCCGGCGCCGGUGGCAACUCGAACUCGAGCUCCGCCUCGCACGCCAGCCUGGAGAACCUGUCGAGCACCCUGAACAGCAUGGAGCUGAAGGACCAUCACGGCCACAGCAGCUGCAUCAAUCCGGAGUUCGAUGAGGGCGACCUCGAUUCCGGCUUCAGUGGCAGCGGCAGCAGCAGUGGCGCCAGCUACAACGAGAGCCUGCGCUACUACAAGUCGGCCACGCCCACCGGUCCGCUGCACCACCAUCACCACCAUGGCCAGCAGCAGCAGCAGCAGCAGCAAAUGCAGAUGCUGCACCACCACAGCCACAGUUUGAAUAAUAAUACGCUUCCCCACAAUUUGCGUAGCUGCCGCUCGUCCACCGCAUCGGGAACUUCCACAUCCAAGAGCAGCAUGGCCAGUUGUGGCGAGGAUCAGGGCAUUGGCAUGACCUUGGCAGUGGGCGGCGGUGGAGGAGUGGGUGCUGGCGGCGGUGGGGUAAUGGCCACCAUGCAGGAGUCGUCCGUUGGCGGUGGUGCAGGUGGCUCGCUCUCGCCCUUCAAUUAUCCGCGUCGCUGCUCGGCGGAUCAGCAGCGAGCCUCCGGAAGAUCAAUGGUUUCCAUUGGAGGCGGCGGCGGCGGAGGCGGUGGCGUUGGUCCCGGAAUGGGCGUGGCCGUGGGCAGCAUGAGCAGCAGCAGCAAUGUGGCACUCUCCACCGGAGCGAAACCCAAGAAGAACUUCUGGACCAUGAAACCGUGAUGCUACAAAAAGGCGCUGCGUCACAUUUGCAAGAAAUGGACUAUUGUUAUGGAAUACAAUACAAAGACUGCCUCAUGCCAUGCCAUCCACUAUUACCACCAACCCAACGGCGGCAGCAGCUACAGUAGCUACACCAGCCGUCGCCACCAUCAGC